AUGAAGGAUGACAGAAUCAACCGGGUCAUUUUGGUCGUUGGUGAGACCGGAACGGGUAAGUCGACCAUUGUGAACAUGCUCUACAAUCAGGAUUCCAGCGUGUCCUGCUGUCAGCAGCCCUGCCAGACAGGGGCCACUGCCAGUUCCGUCACGAAGGCUUCUGCCAUGCAUCUGAACAUCAGGACAGGUUGGUUGCAUGUGGACACGGUAGGCGUUGGAGAUCCAGAUCUCCAGACUCCUGACAUCUUGGACAACAUCCGGAAGUUCAUCCGUGACACCUCCUUGGGGGUUCAUGCCGUUGUGGUGGUGAUGAAGAUGGGCCGAGUAAGCCAGGGGACUCGGGCAAACAUGCGCCUGCUCGAGCACCUCUUUCACGCGGAGGGUGUCAAGUCCAACGGCUUAUUGCUCCUGACGCACUGGCAAGGGGAGCUCGGGGAAGAGGACAAGGACCUCGAGGAGUGGAUGGGUGAGGACAAGCAAAUUAUAGAUCUCGUCGGCCGGUUUAACCAAGUUGUUCUCACCAACAACCAGAUCAGAGGGCGCGCCGCGUACCCAGAGUGCCGGGAGCAGUGCCUGCGCAAGCGACGCUCCUUCAUCGACUGCCAAGAAGCGAAGAUAAAGGCUAGAGCGGUUGGCUUGUGGGAGGUCUUUCAGGACAUCGUGAGCUCAUUCUUCCACUCUUUGGCCGGGCAUGUGCUGUCGUUGCAGGGCCUCGUGGUCGGGAGCCACAAUCUUCCCACAUUCUGUGGUGAGUGCGCCGUGUGCCUUGAGCAGACUGAGCUGAGUACAGCCUGCAAGCUCAGCUGCAACCACUCCUUUCAUGAGCGCUGCCUCGAAGGCUUGACUCAUUGCCCGAUCUGUCGCGCUGAGGUGACAGACGUGUUGUCUAUCUUUAGCUUGCUGGAUUAUUAG